ACCACCCAAAAAUUUCCUUCAAAAACUCUCUAAUCAACCAAAAAUGGCCAGCAAUAAGGAUUCCAAGUUCCCACCUCAAAGCCAGAAAACGCAGCCGGGAAAAGAACACGUAAUGGAUCCACUCCCACAAACCAUACAUGCAGACUACAAACCCGCCAAUAAACUUAAGGGAAAGGUGGCGCUGGUGACAGGGGGUGACUCGGGAAUUGGAAGAGCGGUUUGUCUGUGUUUCGCGAAAGAGGGUGCAACCGUGGCUUUCACAUACGUAAAGGGGCAUGAGGACAGGGAUAAAGAUGACACUCUGAAGAUGCUGCUAGAAGCUAAAACAGGUGGUGCAGAUGAUCCGUUGGCAAUAGCGGCGGAUAUUGGCUUUGACGAGAACUGCAAGCAGGUGGUUGAGCUUGUUGUGAAAGAAUAUGGACGCAUCGAUGUUCUGGUGAACAAUGCAGCCGAACAGCAUUUAACAGACUCCGUAGAGGAAAUCACUCAACAGCAGAUUGAAAGAGUCUUCGGGACCAAUAUCUUUUCACACUUCUUUUUGGUCAAGCAUGCUCUGAAGCACAUGAAAGAAGGGAGUUCCAUCAUCAACUCUACUUCAGUUAACGCCUACAAUGGGAAUCCAGAAGCGUUGGACUACACUGCUACUAAGGGAGCCAUUGUUGCCUUCACGAGAGGUCUUUCUCAGCAGGUGGCGAGCAGGGGAAUCAGGGUGAAUGCUGUUGCACCUGGACCGGUUUGGACGCCAAUACAGCCUGCUUCAAAGUCUGGUGAAAUGAUUGAGAAGUUGGGGUCUGAGGUGCCAAUGAAGCGUGCGGCUCAGCCUAGUGAGAUUGCACCGUGUUAUUUGUUCUUGGCAACUGCUCAGGACUCUUCCUAUUUUACUGGUCAAGUCCUCCAUCCAAACGGUGGAGAGAUCGUCAAUGCUUAAUGCUGUCCAGUACCAGCUUUUCUGCCUUUCUCUUUUACACACAGACAAAUAAACACUCUUAUCAAAUAAACACUGUUAUCUUCCUCUGUACCAUGUGCCUUCAUUUAUCAACAAAUAAG